CUCCACUUCCUUUGCAUUUGCAUGCCUUUGCUUUUAGAGCUAAGAGGGUCUUCCUUAGCUUUGUGUCACAACUCAUUUCAAUUUUCUUCUCGUAAAAGACACUUUUACCCUCAAACUAAACAAUGAGCAUUACUGAACCAAAUUACAACAGCUCAGAAACCGAAAGCAGUAGUGCUUCAAACUCAACUGCAAAAACUGUAACCGCAACCGCAACGGAAACCGCAACUACUGUAACCGUAACUGCCAAGCGCAUUCGAGAUUCUUCUAACAAACACCCCGUGUACCGGGGUGUACGGAUGAGGAAUUGGGGGAAGUGGGUAUCUGAAAUCAGAGAGCCGCGCAAGAAGUCUCGUAUAUGGCUUGGAACAUUCUCCACUCCCGAAAUGGCCGCCAGGGCUCACGACGUCGCCGCCCUCAGCAUAAAAGGCUCCGCCGCUAUUCUUAAUUUCCCCAACCUCGUACACUCCCUCCCCCGCCCCGCUUCCCUCGCCCCUCGCGACGUCCAAGCUGCGGCCGCAAAAGCCGCCAAAAUGGUCAAAUUCGAUUCUCCCACGACGUCCUCGUCGUCGUUAUCUUCGUCCUCGUCGGUGGAAUUGUGCUCCGAUGAGGAGGAGUUGAGCGAGAUCAUAGAGCUUCCCAGGCUGGAGAGUGGUGAGUUGGAUAAGGAGUUUGUUUUCGCUGACUCCGUGGAUGGGUGGAUGUACCAGCCGCCGCCUUGGUUUUCGUCGGAGAGCAUGGCGGCGGCGUCGACGGAGGAGGAGGACGUUGUUGAAGAUGGUGUUGUAAGUGCUUCUGGAAGUUCGCUUUGGAAUUAUUAUUAUAAUAUUAUUACUAAUUAAUAUGUUUUUUUUUUUGGGUUCUUGUUUAAUUUGUUACUUGUGAGUGGUCUCUUUGUAAUAAUGUUUUCUUUUGUUUUGUUUUCCUUUUCUCUCCUCAGUUUAAUUUGUACAUGGUCUAUGAAUAAAUUAAGAGGAUAAUUUGGUGGACGUUAUAA